AUGUGGAAGCAGAGCUACCAGCACAUCAUGGCCUUAGCAUUUGCUGUUAAUGAGAUCAAUGAAAAUGCCCAGAUCUUGUGCAAUGUCACCCUGGGCUUCCACAUCUAUAAUAGCUAUUUCAGUCCAAGCAGGACCUAUCUCACCUCAAUGAAACUUCUCUCCACAUGGGGCUCAUUCAUCCCUAACUACAAGUGUGGCUUUGGGAGCAACCUAUUAGCAGUUAUCGGGGGACCUGACAAUUGUCUCCACAUGGCAACCAUACUGUGCAUCUACAAAAUUCCACAGCUCACAUAUGGCUCUUUUCCAGUAAUGAAUGAUGAAACCCAAGCUGUUUUCUUCCAACCAAUGUUCCCAAAUGGGGCCCAUCAGCACAGGGGGAUUCUCCAGUUACUGCUGAAUUUUAGAUGGACGUGGAUUGGAGUUCUGUCUGUGAAUGAUGACAACGGAGAGAGGUUUGUACAUGAUGUGCUUCCCAAAUUUUCCCACAGUGGUAUCUGUUUUGACUUCAUAGAGAAAUUCCCAAAAAUGAAUUUUUACAGUGACUUUGUCGAUGUGAUGGAUCAAACAACUGAAAUAAACAGAAUUGUCAUGGAAAGCACAGCCAAUGUGAUAGUUUUAUAUGGUGAAAUUCAGAGCAUGUCACUUUUGAGGAUGUUUCUCCAGCUCUCAGAAGUGGAGGAUAUACAGAGGAAGACAAAAGUCUGGAUUAUGACAGCCCAAAUGGAUUUCACGUCUAUUUCCAUGCAAAGAGAGUGGAGCAUGGAUUUCCUCCAUGGUGCUCUGUCCCUUACAAUUCACUCAAAGGAAGUGUUGGGUUUCAAGGAAUUUCUUCAAACCAGAAAUCCUUCCAUGGGAAAGCAAGAUGGUUUCAUUAAAGUUUUCUGGGAACAGGCAUUCAAUUGUUUGUUCUCCAUCUCUGAAAUAGAUGAGCAGUCUGAGAAAACCUGCACUGGAGAGGAGAAGCUUGAGACUCUUCCUUCAUCCAUUUUUGAAAUGAGCAUGACUGCCCACAGCUACAGCAUCUACAAUGCUGCCUAUGCUGUGGCACAUGCUUUGCAGUCCAUGCAGUCAUCCAAAUCAAAGCUAAGAACAACAGAGGAUAGAAGGAAGCCAAAGUUUCAGAAUGAAGAAUCAUGGCAGUUCCACCACUUUCUCAGGAGUGUCUCAUUCAACAACAGUGCUGGUCAAAAGAUUUCCUUUGACCAAAAUGGGGAGUUAUUAUCUGGAUUUGAUAUUAUCAACUGGAUCACGUUCUCAAACAAAUCCUUUCUUAGAAUUAAAGUUGGAGGGAUAGACCCCUGGGCUUUCCCAGAUAAUGUCUUUAGUAUUUGUGAAGAUUUCAUCACAUGGCCUAGCAGUUUUAACCAGGCACAGCCUCUUUCUUUGUGUAAUGACAAUUGCUACAAAGGGUUUAGCAGGAAAAAGAAGGAAGGGAAGCCGUUUUGCUGCUAUGACUGCCUUUCAUGUCCAAAAGGGAAGAUUUCCAGUCAGAACGACAUGGAUGACUGUUCUCAAUGUUCAGCAGAUUAUUAUCCAAGUGAUCGCCAGGACUUAUGCCUUCCAAAAGAGUUAACUUUCUUAUCUUAUGAAGAACCUUUGGGGAUCAUUUUGGCCAGUUUAGCUCUUACUUUUUCAUUUAUCACAGCUUUGGUGUUUGGAAUCUUCAUUAAGCAUCAAGAGACUCCCAUAGUCAAAGCCAACAACCGGGACCUCACCUAUGCUCUCCUCGUCUCUCUACUGCUAUCCUUCCUUUGUAUCUUGCUGUUUAUUGGGCAGCCGGAUAAGUUGAUGUGUCUCCUCCGACAACCAGCUUUUGGCAUCAUCUUCUCAGUGGCAGUUUCUUGUGUGUUGUCCAAAACCAUCAUAGUGAUUUUAGCUUUCAUGGCCACCAAGCCAGGAUCCAGAAUGAGGAAAUGGGCAGGGAAAAAAUUGGCCUCCUCCAUUGUUCUUUCCUGCUCUCUCAUCCAAGCCACUAUUUGCACUGUGUGGCUGGCGAUCUCUCCUCCAUUCCCAGAUGUUGACAUGCACUCAAGGAAUAAAGAAAUUGUACUGGAGUGUAAUGAAGGAUCAGCCGUGAUGUUCUAUUGUGUAUUGGGUUUUAUGGGCUUCCUGGCCAUUGUCAGCUUCUCUGUGGCUUUCCUAGCCAGGAAGUUACCUGACAGUUUUAAUGAAGCCAAGUUCAUCACCUUCAGCAUGUUGGUCUUCUGCAGUGUCUGGCUGUCCUUUGUUCCAACCUACCUGAGCACGAAAGGAAAAUCUAUGGUGGCUGUGGAGAUCUUUUCCAUCUUGGCCUCUAGUGCUGGGUUACUGGGUUGUAUCUUUUCCCCCAAAUGCUUUAUCAUUGUUGUCAGGCCUCAGCUGAACAACAAAAAGGAGUUAAUGAAAAGAAAGUAUUAA